GCUCAAGCCAAAUUUACGGAAUUCCCUCGAAAUGUCACCGCAACCGAGGGGCAGAAUGUGGAGAUGUCCUGUGCAUUCCAGAGUGGCUCUGCCUCAGUGUACCUGGAAAUCCAAUGGUGGUUUCUGCGGGCAGCUGAGGACCAGGAACCUGGAGCUGAGGUGACAGGCACUCAGGUGGAACUAUUACCAGAAAGAGAUUUGGACAAUGAUGGAACAAAGAUAAGCACAGUGAAAGUACAAGGGAAUGACAUCUCCCACAAGCUGCAGAUCUCAAAAGUCAGGAAAAAGGAUGAAGGGUUGUAUGAGUGCAGGGUGACCGAUGCCAAUUAUGGAGACCUUCAGGAAUACAAAGCCCAGGCCUAUCUCAAAGUCAGUGCAAACAGCCACUCCCGACGGAUGCAGGCCUUUGAAGCAUCCCCUAUGUGGCUACAAGAUAAGCCUCGCAAGAACAUCUCAGCAGCCAUCCCUAGUAGCAUCCAUAAUUCUGCCAGCCAGCGUAUACGCCCCACCUCAAGCCCUCCAGCAGAUGCCAAAAUCCCUAAACAAAGCCCACAAUCAGCAAAGAGCAAAUCGCCUGUAAAACCUACGGAGCGGACAGCAAAGUUGACCCUAACUUCCAACUACCACCCUGCACCCAAUGUACUCUAAUUCUCUACACAAAGGAGCACCUUCUUCAGGACAUACACACAAAAAAUAAACAAAAUAUUUAACAAAGUUUCAAAAAGGAGAGAAGAGGCUACCACAUAGUUUCUUUAUUUCUUACUUUCUUUGGAAUGUAUCCCUGGUUUUCUCUUUGAUGGGAACUGGAAUGGUGUGAUAGAACAUUGUUCAACUUGUCAACAACCUUUUCUCUUCCUUUCCCUCAUUUUUGGUUUAAUAAAGAGAACUGCUGAAAUCCCUUCAUUAUUCAGAGGUUGGCUACGCAUUUUUAGUACUUUCAAAAUGGACAUUUGUUAUUGCACUUGGGGGAAAAAACUACCACUGGAAUCAGAAGGAAGAAAAGAGCCUAAACUCUCCCAAACCCAAAUCUCUCCUGAAGACCUGUCCAACAUGCAGAAGAUAUACGACUUAUCUAUGACAAUGGAUGAAAACACAUCUAUGUUUUAAAAGUAUUUAUUUUCUAAAUGAGAAAUCUAUUAAAAUAAAAUCUAUUCAAAGCUGCUUAUUGUAGAACAGAACUCAAUUUCUGGAAGACAUUCAAGACAUGUUGAAGCCUCUCCCUGGCAUUCUUCUCUCAUUUAAUUUUUCCCUGUCCCAUUAUUGUUUUUGGAUUUCUUUUCUGUUUGAUGGUGGCAAGCAAUUGCUGGCCCUGGCCAACCCUUAUGGAGCACAUGAAGGUUUCUAUAAAUACAUAUUUUCUUUGUGUGUGUUCUCUAUUUUGCUGUGUUUUCUCUAAUUUUGCAACUCCUGUAUAUGCAAAUCUUAAAUUCUGUAAAUUGCUUACAUGUGUGAUAUAACUUCAGAAUAGACAUUCUAUGGUUCAUCCUGCAAGCCAGUUCUGAAUAUUAUCUCAAUGUGGUGCCACCAACUCACAUCUGUUUCCUUUUGAACAAAGCAUUCAUUUUAAUUUGUAAUUCGGUACUAUGUGGGAUUUUGUAAUUCAUGCAUUCACUUUUCGCUGGUCUGAGCCCUUGCAGAUGGCAAUGUGACCCUCUGUUUACUCUGUAAAAAUGCACAUUAAAAUUUGUUAUGGUCUCCAA